AUGUCUGCAACAAAUGAAUUAUCACUUAUUGCUCAUGAUGAUUGUAUUGUACCAAUGGAUGUACGUUAUAUAGAUUUCCUUAAUGCUCUUUCGGAAAUUCAUGAUGAAACUGUGCAAGAUCGCUGUUAUAAAUAUUGGACGUCACUCUAUCGACAUUUUGAUUAUUCGAUGACUAAUGAACGAGUUCUCAGGCUUGAAGAAAAACGAACACGCGAAAUUGUACAUCGUCUUGAUAUUGAAAUAACUUCACAUCAAUCAGAAAUCAUCUAUCAAAUUCGUAAUAUAUUUGAACGAGGUCAUCAAGUCUUAACCGAUCUUUAUACUAAAUAUAAUAGAAAAAAGAACAAUUUAAAAAACAUUAAACGAAUAAUGAAUGAUUUAGAUAAUAGAAUUCAAAAUAAAAAAUCCGAAAGUAGUAUGAAAACCAUUGUCACAACUGUUUCUUCAUCAACAUCUUUAACAUCCAUGAUAGAAACAAUUGAUAAUCUAAAAUUACAAAUAAGAAAUCUUCAAACAACACGUACGUGUGACAUAAUUAAGAAUUAA